AUGUCUGAAGAUCCAUUUUUCGCAGUCAAAGAUGAAGUAGAGGCUUCUCUCAAUAAUGCAAACAAGCUAUACCAGCAAUGGUCACGGCUCGUAGACUCCGGAUCGUCCAAUAGCGACGAGGUCCGGUGGAAGGUCGACGAGCUUCGAAGUGCACUGCAGAGCAUCGAAUUGGAUUUACACGAUUUGGAAGGCAAGCUCGCUUGGAAUACAAUCAAGGUGGUGGAAGUCAACCCAUCAAAGUUUCGACUGGAUGCUCGAGAAGUCGGCAAUCGUAAAGACUUUAUAACGAGGACACGACGAGCUAUACAUGAACUGAGGAGUAACUUGAAUGAUCGACAAUCGAAAAAACCAAAUCAGAGGACUGAUGAUCGAUCUGCAUUACUCGCAUCCCGCACAAACACAGAUAGAUUCGGCAGGACACAAGAGGACUACAAAAUGUCGAAUCAGAGACACGUCGAUCGAGAGCAACAAGCUCAAUCAACUAUUAUGGCUGAGCAAGAAGAUCAGAUGGGAGAUGUGUUACAUACUGUUACUAAUUUAAAGGAUGUGGCUGUUGUUAUGGGCAAGGAGUUAGAUGACCAGACUAGGCUAUUGGAGGAUCUAGAUACAAGUGUGGAUAACACGCAGGGUCGAUUAAGAUCUGCUUAUAAACGAAUGGACGAGUUCAUAAAAGCUAAUGCUGAUCCAAAGCAACAAUGCGCUAUCUGUGGCCUGAUCAUUAUUCUUAUUAUAUUACUCGUAAUAGUCGUUUCUUUCUGA